AUGAGAUCCAUCGAAGAAUCCAGAUUUUACAUAAUUGUGUUCUCCAAGAACUAUGCGUCUUCAUCAUGGUGCUUAGAAGAGCUCGUAAAGAUUAUGGAGUGCCAGAAGACAGCUGAGCAGACUGCUUACCCCGUCUUCUAUGAUGUGGAACCCACUGAAGUCCGCAACCAAACAGGGGCAGUUGGAGAAGCAUUUGCAAAACAUGUAGAAAAAGAGGGUAUUGGGAGAUGGAGAGAUGCUCUGAAAGAAGCAACCGGUCUGGUUGGGUGGGAGUUGAAAAACACUGUUGAUGGGCAUGAAGCUAAAUUUAUCCAUCAAAUUGUUCAAUACAUUUCACCCAAGCUACAUUUCGUUAACUUGAGAGUCGAUCAGAAGGUAGUAGGCUCAUCUUUAGAAAGCAUUUGUGGUUUACGAUAUUUAAGAGAGCUUAGAGUUGAAGGCAGUAUUCGGGAGGUACCCAAGGAUAUGUGGCGGUUAGAAUGUGUAGAGAAGCUAUCUUUCCGUAUGAAAGAGAUUAAACAUCUUCCGGAUAGCAUUUGUAUGUUCAAACAUCUAAAAUAUCUUGAAGUCAGUUCUUGUUUACAUCUUGAGCAGUUACCCGAGAAUAUAUGUAGUUUAAAGUGUUUAGAGGAGUUACAUCUAAAGGGUUGCACAUCCUUACUAGAUAUUCCGAAUGGCAUCUGUUAUGCUAUGGGGAAGAAUAAAUUUAUAACUUCUUUUUUCAAAAGAAAGAAUGAAGAACAAGUAGAGGGAAUUGGUGAUGGAAACAAUGAGAUUAAACGUCAAAAAGCUUCAACAAGCGAACCGAUUAAUGAAGCGAAUAAUGAGUGA